AACGCUAAGCUGUCAGUGGUGCGGUGCGGGGCAUCGCGCGCGUGCGGCUGCCUCUAUACUGCUGCUGUGCCGCUGACGCGCUAAGCACUCGCACAUCGCCGCUAUCGUGUACAUUUCGCAGUGCGGAGUGCUCAGUACACUCAUAAACACCGCGUCCGUGCCCGCGCCCGCGCCCGCUCAGCGCUACACUUCGCCUUCGUAUAAAGGUGGGCGCCCGCGCGCACUCGCACGCAGUCGCGACCUAACCGCCACCUCUUUUGCAACAUCCGACUUUCACGCGGUCGACACACGGGCACGACAGUCACACGCGUACACGUUAUCGUAUCAGUGGAGCAAGCAGCGAUCGGAGGUCUCGCGAUGGCGGAGUACGAAUGGGGAUACACCGGCGAGAACGGUCCGGCGACAUGGAUUGAAAAGUUCCCCGAGGCGCGAGGGGCGCGGCAGAGCCCCGUGGACAUCGACACGUCGCUAGCCAGCUCCGGGGGCAGUGCACCGCCGCUCCUCUGGCGGUACUCAGUCAACCACACGCGUUCCGUUGUCAACCCUGGCUACUGCUGGCGUGUCGACGAGAACGGAUAUGAUUCAGAAUUGCGAGGCGGUCCUCUUGGAGGUGACGUGUACAAGCUGCAGCAGUGGCACUGCCACUGGGGCGCGGCGGACGGCGAGGGCUCCGAGCACACGGUGGACGGCCGUGCCUUCUCCGGCGAGCUGCAUCUCGUGCACUGGAAUACCUCCAAGUACCACAGCUUCACGGAGGCAGCCGGACAACCGGACGGACUCGCCGUACUAGGAGUGUUAUUGAUGGUGGGUUCCAAGCACGAAGAGCUUGAGAAGGUGGUGCGGCUACUGCCGUUCAUCCAACACAAAGGCGACAAGGUGACGAUGUCUGAGCCACUGGACCCUGCGCGGCUGCUGCCCUCUCGCGCCGCCUACUGGACCUACCCCGGAUCGCUCACUACGCCACCCUGCACUGAGUCCGUCACGUGGAUACUCUUUAAGGACCCCAUACAAGUUUCAGGAGAACAGUUGGCUUUAAUGAGAAAGCUACGAUGCGGCGAGGCGUCAUGCGGCGUUGAAGCUAUGGAAUUACUACACAAUUACCGCCCCACGCUGCCCCUCGGCAACCGAGAGCUGCGCGACUAUGGCGGCAACUAGCAUCUUACACCUGAACUAAGUCACGGACAAGACGACUUCAAUGGCAACUAAGAACUUACGCCAAGUUAUAGUGAUUACAGCAGCAUGAAAUAGAAGGCACAGAGACCAAUGGUUACCCGACUACAUCGUCAGCGGGCUAAGGUCUACUAUAUUGGGCCUCUGUAGGCAGUCUCGUACUAUGUGAUUGUAGAAAGAACUACCAAACCACGGUCUUUUGGCAAUUGCGAA